CCGUGGCCCGUGCACUGCGCGGCCCACGUAAAUAUGGGCCGGUAACGGGCCAGCGCUACCGCAGCAUGUUUUCUCCGUGACGGUUGACGACGAGUCGACGACGACGAGACGGCACGGUAGUACACGAGGAGACGACAGCGGCAGCUAGCCUAAAGCGGACCUGUCAAUGUCUGAACCUCCUCAUUUCCACCUCCUCCACCCGGACUCGGCAGCCACCGCUCAUCCGCCCGUUCCUCGCCGACGCCGUCCCUCCCACAGACCGGUGUGAGGCUCCAGGUGAAGGAGCCGCUUCUCCCUCCCAGUCUCAUGACAGACAGAAGUGAUGGACCAAUAGGUAGGCUUCCAGAGCAUCUUCUUGUAGAAAUAUUCGUUCAUGUACCGGUCUGCGAGUGGGUACAAAUUGCAUGUGUCAACAAGCAGUGGGCAAGCAUAUUUCAAGGAGAUAGCUUGUGGCAAACUGCUAUUGCAAGGAACUGGCCAUCUGCUGGUCUUCGGAAACGCUGGCCUGGGCCAAUACCCAGAGGUUCUGCGAGGAGGAGAUUUCAAGCACUAUAUGUCAGUGAGAACUUAGUCCCAUCUGGUGGGGAGAUUGAUGAGCUUGUUGGUCACACUUAUCUCUACUUAAAAGAACAACUUGAGCACCCUGCCAUGCCUCCUUCCAGCAUACUUCAUGGCACAAUCAUUGCUAUGCCUGUCUCCAUAAGAAGAGCUAAUGGAUCUGUAUGUUCUUUUAAGAAAGUAUCAACUUCUCCAGUUAAAGAUCAGUUCAUUGCUUGUGGCAAGACAGGAGAAAAGGCUCAUGAUCUUGCUUCAAAAAUAUGGCUUGCGGUCAUUGACGGCUUGGAAGAAAACCAGCAAACAUUCUUGCUGUUAAAACACCUCGCACGAGAAGGAGAAUUCUUCCUUCCAUUUCCGUACUCUAGAUCAUACAAGGUACUAUGGCGGGUGUUUGACAAGCUGUUCACCGACUUCCGUGACUGUUUCAGCGGUGCUGAUUAUCAUGAUGCGCUGUCAACUGCCAAGUCUAGGUUUCAGCCAGUACCCUCAACAUGGCUUGGCCAUUAGCGCACAUUUGUUGCUCUUGUUGUGCACUUUGCGUUGUCCUGGAUAAAAGUAGCGAUACACUUUCCAAAAGGCAAAGUCUGGUGCCAAAGAGCGGCAAUUCCAGUGGACGAUUCAUGUACAUAUAGCAUCUUGACAACUUCAAGAACAUUAAACUGCUGUUUGAGUGGAAAUACCCCUGUUUUCUGUGAGUUCUUGAAACUGCUUCUAUACAAGUCACCGUUUGCUCAGUUACUUCAGUGUA